GCGGGGCGGGGGUUGCAAGUUCUGUGUGUGCCAACGGGACCGGCCCGGCCCGGCCCAGCCCCGCCCCGGGGGCUCCGCUCGCCCCCGGCUAUGGAGUGCGGCGGUAGCAGCAGCGGGAGGGGCUCGGCGGGGCAGGAGGAGCUGCCGCUCCGGCAGCCGAUGCCGCUCAGGGACGAGGAGGAGGAGGAGGAAAAGGAGGAGGAGGCGCAAGCGCUGCUGCCGCCGCCACCCGAGGCCGAGGAGGACUGGAGUGCCGUUGACGGCGAGAUGGAGGCGGUGGCGCUGCGGGACCUGCCCACCGCUACCAUCGCCUGCAAUCUGGACCCGCGCGUCUUCCAGGACGGUCCGUGCCGGGCCAAAUUUGAAUCACUGUUUAGAACAUACGACACAGAUAUCACCUUUCAAUAUUUUAAAAGCUUCAAAAGAGUACGAAUAAAUUUCAGUAACCCAUUAUCUGCAGCAGAUGCUAGAAUCCAGUUGCACAAGACAGAGUUCCUUGGAAAGGAACUAAAACUUUAUUUUGCUCAGACUUUGCACAUUGGAAGCUCACAUUUGGCACCACCAAAUCCAGAAAAACAAUUUUUGAUUUCACCUCCUGCCUCUCCACCUGUUGAUUGGAAGCAAGUAGAAGAUGCUACACCAGUCAUCAAUUACGACCUUUUAUAUGCUAUCUCCAAGUUAGGACCAGGAGAAAAAUAUGAGCUACAUGCUGCAACUGACACUACUCCUAGUGUUGUCGUCCAUGUGUGUGAGAGUGACCAGGAAAAUGAUGUGGAAGAAGAAAUGAAGAAACCCAAACCAAAAAUAAUUCAGACAAGAAGGCCAGAUUAUACUCCUACCCAUUUAAGUUGAACAAUUGUUGUUUUUCAAGCAUUACAAGUAGAUAUAUGCAAGGGAAACAUUUGCUAUGGAAACAGCAGGUCACAGGUUUGGUGGCAACAGCAGCAGUUACAGUAGGAGAAAUUCCAAUAUAAGUUUGCUCAGAAAAAAUACAGGAAGUUUCAUCCUUAUUUUUGAUGCUGCAGUUUGAUGAGUAUCAUGAGCAUGUUCCCAGAUCACUGAGAACAAGAGAUAGGCAGAAGAUGACAUUUUGAGACAUAACAGGACAAACUAGGUUUAUUUUUGGGGGGCUACUGUAGGCAGUUCCAUUAUAAGGCAACUAGGGGAAGCUUUCUUUGUUCUGGCUCACAUAAAUCCUCAAACUAAUAGGCAAGUCCUUGUGUGGAGUACAUAACGAUAACAGAGGUGGUUUUAAAGAUUAAGGUAUGGGAAUUGUAAACCUUUUUCUUAUAAUAGAUUUUGUGCAUGUGUAUUCUUGGUCUUCUAAAGUAACUUUGCAUUAUUUUCUAUAGUUUCUUACAUGUUUCUGAAAAUCUGGGAAAUUGUUUAAAGUAUUUAUUAUCUCAGCAUCCCAGACUUACUACAAGACAUAUAUAUACCGAUAUAUAUUUAUAUUUGUUUUUAUUGGCACUCAUUUUCCAGCAGGCAUACAAUUCCUUCAGCACCUUAUUUUGGUGCUAUGCAACUUGUGCUUUUAAAGUUUUAACCUUUUAAAUGCCUAUGUAGGUUUUUAUCUGGCAAAGUAAUGGAAAAAUGUGCAAUAGAAAAGUUGUUUAAAUAAGUUGAUUUUAAAUUAUUUAAGUUUAAUUUAUAUCUUCGAUAACAUUUGUUCAGUAACUGACUUUCUCAUUUGGAAAAAUGUAUUCUUAAAUGUAUAAGUAAAGCUGAUGUUACAUAUUCACAAUAAUGUAAUUUUUCAGUGAAAAAAAUAGUAAUGGAGAGACAUGAACUCUUCUCCGUAUCUGAAUCUGCGUUGUUGUGAGCAAAGGUUUAACAGUGAUUGAAAAAUUGCACACAGUGUGUAGAACAACACAAAGAGGUGGGAGUGCCUUUUCUUCAUUCAUUCCUGAUGUGAACUGUUCUACAAGCUGCACACUUGUAUCUUUUUCUACUGGCUUUUUAUGUCCAUAAGUAUAAACUUUCUUAGCUUUGCUUCCAAAAUAAGCUGGUAUUUAGAAAUGCUUAAUGACAAGUAAUGACACAUACUUAAGUAAUGGAUAUACAUGGGAGAAGUUUUAGGGUUUUUUAUAUGUUAGUGUUUAAAGACAGUAGCUCAUGACAUAAUUUUAAAGGAAGAAAGAUGCCAGAAGUGUAUUUUAUCACUUGUUUUUUUAAAUUAAGGUCCUCACUUUGAAAUAGGUUUCAGUAUUUUUUCUUACAAUAUAGUAACUGAUAUCUGUAGGAAAAAUUCAAUUACAGUUUUAGAAGAGGGAAUGUUUGAACCUUCUCAAUAUAUAUUUUAGAAAUCAAAGCAUGGGUCUCUGUUGGUUUGAUUUUGCCCACAGUUGGUCUGAGAAUGAGUUCUGUAGCUGGAGUUGAUAUAAAGAAAUCCAUUCUGUGCCAUCUGAAGCAAACAUUGACUUAAAUGCCCAGGUUCAUACCACAUUUUUAAAAAAAUAGUAUAUAUUUGAAAAAAGCAAGGUGUACAAUAAAGCCAUUCCAAGCUGUGGUGCAGUGUAAGGGCAGUGUUAUUGAAGACCUGUCAUAAUACUAAGCAAAGUAGCAAUGGAUACCCUGUGACCACAGGGAACAGGAGUGUACUGAACUUCAGGACUACUUGGCAGUUACGAUCCUGUUUUGAUGGCUCUGCCCUGAAAUAAAUGCUGAGACUUGGGUUCUUGGACCUAACUCAAGUGGCAUUCCCUCCCUGCUAACAGUGUUAAGAGCUAAUGCCAUGUAUUGCUGGAGCCAUCUUCUAUGGAAAUGAGGGUGCAUGAGGUUACUUUUUGUGUUGCUGGGGUGUAACAAUCAGCUGGGUACAGGGACUGCUUAUUAACACUCAAAAUAAAUAAAUACAGAGAAACUUUGUAGGUUUGCCACAACUUCCCUUAACCCUUUCCAAGAUUGUUUUUCCAUGUUUCUCAAAUUACUGCUGCGCUUGGUGUGAAACUUCUUUCAAUUCAAAAUUUUUGGAAUAGUUAAUUUUCUGUUCUUUUUCCAUCUUUCCAUGCUUACCAGUCAAAGCAUUAGUUUUGCAUUAGAAACUGGGGUAGUUGCUGUUCUGUUUCCUACCAAUCCUAAGAAAUCAGUUCUACCUUUCAAUUAAAAAUAACAGAAUAUUAAAUACCAGUAUGGUUUUCAUUUUAAUACACUGACAUCUGCCUCAUAAGAUGGGCACUAGAAACCAUGGAAGUCUUGGGAUGGCUACGGUGUGUUUUCCCUUCUGAUGGUAAUCACAAACAAAGGUUGUUAGAUGCUAAUUUGCCUGUAUUUUUGGUUUUAUAUACUGGCUUGUGCCACCUUCUGAUAUUACUACAGUGUGUUGCUUGCUUUUUCUGUUUGUUUUGGGAUUUUGUUGUUGUUGGGUUUUUUUUUUAAUGUUCAGAUGAAUGCUGUUAGUAUUUUAUACAGUUGUAUAGAAUGGAACUUAUUUAAAUUAAAAUAUUUUGUCUUCUUGUAA